CCUCACUUUCAAUAUUAUUUUUAAUUACCAUUCUAUAUCCGGCCCCCAACAGAGAGAGAGAUGAAGCAAGUUGUGGUGCUCAGGGUGACCAUGGAUGGGCAGAAGUCAUUUUUCUGUGUCAUGGCCGGACACGAGGCCCGCACCAAAGCCAUGAAGAUUGCAGUUAGCGUUCCGGGGGUGCAAGCAGCAUCUUUGAAAGGGCCGGACAAGGACCAAAUAGAGGUGAAAGGGGAAAAUAUUGAUACCGUCAAACUUACAACGUUGAUCCGGAAGAAAGUCGGGCAUGCAGAUAUCGUAAGCGUGGGGGAAGACAAGAAAGAAGAUAAGAAAGAAGAGAAAAAACCUGAAGUAGUUCCGUUGACGGUGUGGCAGCCGCCGUAUCCUUCCUAUCCAAUCUACCCGGAGUCCUACGGCCCUUCUUGCUCCAUCAUGUGACUAUUUUAUGAUCAAUAGGCCGGCCGGGGAGAGUGAUUUCCAUAUUUUGUCUAAUGCAAUUCCUCAGUGGUGGGCGAUGUAUUCCAGCAUAAAUCAUCACUUUCUUACCAAUAUAUAUAUAUAUAUAUAAUAUAUAUAAUUUACAAUAUAUAUAUAUAUAUGUAUAUAUAAAUCCAGCUUCCUCUUCU